GGGCCGGGCAGCGGCGGCCCGCGGCGGAGCUGCCUCUCGUCAUGGGCGGUGGGUGCCGGCCCCGGGCCCCCCCGGCCGGGCUGCGGCUUCUGCUCGCCCCCGCGCUGCUGCUCUGCGCCGCCGGGAGCGCCGCGGCCGCCGUCACCGGCACCGUGAACCCGUGUUGCUAUUACCCCUGCCAGCACCAAGGGGUGUGCGUGCGGGUUGGCCUGGAAGGCUACGAGUGCGACUGCACGCGGACAGGGUACUUCGGGGCUAACUGCACCUCGCCCGAACUGUGGACGCGCCUCCACAACCUGCUGAAGCCCAGUCCCGCCUUCUACCACUUCGUCCUGACUCACUUCAGGUGGUUUUGGGACAUCAUCAACAGCACCUUCAUCAGGGACACGCUGAUGAGGCUCGUGCUCACAGUUCGUGCCAAUCUCAUCCCCAGCCCCCCCACCUUUAACUCCAACUACGGCUACAUCAGCUGGGAGGCCUACGCCAACGUCAGCUACUACACCCGCAUCCUCCCGCCGGUGCCGGACGACUGCCCCACGCCCAUGGGGACCAAAGGGAAGCGGCAGCUCCCCGACGCCCAGUUCCUGGCGGAGAGGUUCCUGCUGCGGCACAAGUUUGAAGCCGAUCCCCGGGGCACCAACCUGAUGUUUGCCUUCUUCGCCCAGCAUUUCACCCACCAGUUCUUCAAGACGUCCGGGAAGAUGGGGCGCGGCUUCACCAAGGCGCUGGGGCACGGGGUGGACCUGGGGCACUUGUACGGGGACAACCUGCAGCGGCAGCACCAGCUGCGGCUCUUCAGGGAUGGGAAGCUCAAAUUCCAGGUGGUGGAUGGAGAGGUGUACCCCCCCUCGGUCACUGAAGCGCCGGUCCACAUGGUGUACCCGCCUGCCAUCCCCAAGGAGAAGCAGCUGGCGAUGGGUCAGGAGGUGUUCGGGCUCCUGCCGGGGCUCUGCAUGUAUGCCACGCUCUGGCUGCGCGAGCACAACCGCGUCUGUGACAUCCUGAAGCGGGAGCACCCCACCUGGAGUGAUGAGCAGCUCUUCCAGACAGCUCGGCUCAUCCUCAUCGGGGAGACCAUCAAGAUCGUCAUUGAAGACUACGUCCAGCACCUCAGCGGGUACUUCCUGAGCCUCAAGUUUGACCCCGAGCUGCUGUUCGGGAGGCAGUUCCAGUACCGGAAUCGCAUCGCGGUGGAGUUCAACCAGCUCUAUCACUGGCACGGGCUGAUGCCGGACUCCUUCGUCAUCCAGGGGGAAGAGUACAGCUACGAGCAGUUUCUCUACAACACCUCCAUGCUCCUGGACUAUGGCGUGGAGGCCCUGGUGGAGUCCUUUUCCAAGCAGGCUGCGGGGAUGAUCGGCGGGGGGCAAACCAUCAACGCCAACGUCCUGAAAGUGGCUGUCGGGGUCAUCAAGGAGUCGCGGCAGCUGAGGCUGCAGCCCUUCAAUGAGUAUCGGAAGAGGUUUGGCAUGAAGCCCUACACGUCCUUCCAGGAGCUAACAGGAGAGGAGGAGAAGGCUGCAGAGCUGGAGGAGCUCUAUGGAGACAUCGAUGCGCUGGAGUUUUAUCCGGGCUUGCUGCUUGAGAAACCCCAACCCAACGGCAUUUUCGGAGAAAGCAUGGUAGAGAUCGGAGCUCCGUUUUCCCUGAAGGGGCUUCUUGGAAACCCCAUCUGCUCCCCAGAGUACUGGAAACCCAGUACCUUUGGCGGAGCAACUGGCUUUGAGAUAGUCAAGACAGCAUCCCUGGAGAAGCUCGUGUGCCUCAACGUGAAGAGGUGCCCGUACGUGGCGUUCCAGGUGCCGGACGCUGUGGCAGGAGGCACGGCCAGCAGCAGCCGGGGCGGUGGGCCAUCUACAGAGCUCUAGCACCUCCACGGCCUGCGCAGGCAGCGGCGGGGCUGGGGGCCCCUGCCCACUCCGUGCCCAGCAGGAGCAGGACCGACGAUCGUCUGCCCCGGGCAGGCUCCAGCUCAGCCCCACGCUGGCGGGGAGAGGCUGGUGCCCCCUCUGGGAAGAGCUCGAGAGCCCAGGGAGAAGAGCUGCCAUCGCCCGUGCUCAGCAGACCUCAUCCUCUUCCCAGCCCCUGCCUUGUGCUAAGCCACGUUCAGGGCUCUCCAGGGACCCCCAGCGCCCUGGGGUGCUCCCAGCUCCUCUGCUCCUGCUCACCCUCAGCUCCCACUGCUUCCCAGCACCAGCAGCCCUCUUCUGCAGGGGCAUCCCCACUCGGAUGGAGAGGGGCACGAAGCACGGGGAGCCCUCCCAGCCUUGUCUUCCGCACAUGGCAGCGAGGGAGGGAUGGGGAUGAUGUGCUGCAGACGUCCGUCUGUCCUUCCUUCCUUUCUGGCCCAGCUCGGGCUGCGCUCUCACCUGGCUCUCCUGCAGCCUGCUCAGCACUGGCUCGGCCCAGCCCAGCCCAGCAGCCUCAUUUGCCUGGCCUGGGACAAACAAAGAGUCCCAGUCACGCCGGUUGCAGCGGUGUGGCCGUGCCAGCUGCCCAGCCCCAGGUCUCGGUGGGACUCCCAGGCCCGUGCCCCCAGCACUGCGCUGGCCCCGUCACGCACGGCUGGCCUGGGCUGGCCAGAGCCACGACAACGGCUGCUCCGAGCACGAUGCCACCUCUGUGCCGAUCACCCGUUAAGGCUCUUGCACUCUAUGCUCAUUACACUGCCCUGCAUUAAUAGCUCAGUAAAUGAUGUCCCCCAAGGCACACAGAACCUGCUUGUCCCGCUCCACAGCUCGCAGAUGUAAGCCAUCGCCAACAACGUGAUGCGAUCGCUGGAAGCCAGGGUCGCUGGCCUUGGUCCCAGUCAGAUCCCAGAAAAUGGACCUCUCGAAUAAACAAUGUUAAAAACCACU